AUGGCAGCAGCCACUGAGAACGGAAAAUCAGACACGUCUUCCUCGCAGAGCAGCAUGCCCCCAGGUAUGGUUAUGGGUCCUGACGGCAAACCCUGUAAAAUUUGUACCGCAUUUCGCAACUGGAAACCCGGAACCACCAACUACACGGAAGCAGAUUCCAACAGAGCUGCCAAAACCUGGCCUGCACCACCCAAUGCGCAGAAAAAUCAAAAACAGCAGCAGCAGCAGCAAACUGCCAAAGGGUCACAGUUUGCAGGCUUUGCAGCGCUAGCUGCCGUGCCCGUCGCGAGUGCUGUGAGCACGGCUACCGAAACGCCCAACUCUGAGGAGAGUACCCACCUCGAUGCUCCAGGUUACCGCGGCGACGAGCCUCCUCCGGGUUGUCCACCAGAUGUCGAGCAGCUCGGACGUGCAACCUGGACGUUCCUGCAUACUACCGCCGCUUACUACCCCGAAAAGCCCAACCCCACCCAGCGCGCCAACAUGUUGAUGCUCUUGCGUUCUAUUCCCGUGCUAUACCCAUGUACAUGGUGCGCGGAUGACUUUGGGAAGGACAUUGAGAAGAAUGCACCGGAUGUCAGUGGACGUACUGCGCUAAGCAGGUGGCUUUGUGAGAGGCAUAACGAGGUAAAUCAGAAGUUGGGCAAGGAAAAAUUUGAUUGCGCCAAGGUGGAUGAGAGAUGGAAAGAUGGCCCACCCGACGGGAGGUGUGACUAG